GAUACGUACGUCGUUUAAAAUGCUAUUUCUACGUAUUAAUACUUUUAUACUAACGUUACUUGUCGUCGAACAUCUAUGUGUGCUGGAGUUGGUUAUGGAAAGAUGUGAACUUGACUUUGUCAACGCGACCUACUUUAAAGAACUGAAAUUCACUGUAAGGAAAUAUUCGCGAGGUGGUAAACGAUAUCUCAACGCAUUUGGUAUAAUUCUGAAGACUUUGCGUAAAAAUAUGAUGGUGACGGUUACAUUAGAAGAGUAUCUACAUAAUGAAUACAGACCAACCUUUAUAUAUUUUGAUUUCAAGUGGUGUGAUCUGAUAGAGUCACCAUUCAUGCGCUUGAAGGAAAAGUAUGGGCUUCCAUGUCCUACCACACCGAUGGAGUAUAAUGUACCUAAUAUUACAAUAUAUACCGAAUUAUUACCAGAAGCAUUUCCCAUUCGUCAAGGAAGAAUACGCAUUCGAGCAUACGAAACCAAUCCUCCAAUUGGAAUUGCCUCUGGAUAUUUAUAUGCGUCUUUUAUAAAGAAAGUAAAACAUUGACCGGUUUAUUAGUACAAUAGUUCGUACUGAAUAAAAAAAAAUUCAGACAUUUUCACUAUCAUUUCUGCAAAACC